AUGUUUUGGGGAUAUACUCCAGCCCUUGAUUUAAAUAAAGAAUUGGGUAUAUCGUCAGAAAAUCAAACUGUUAAUAUUUUGCUGUUGGGCACAGCGGAUGGAAGACAUGUAAUAAAAACUCUUGCGGAAUCUUAUAAAUAUCCAAAUAUUAAAUACAAUUUUUAUAUCGCCGAAACAUGGAUGGAGCAAAUUGCACGUCAAGUAUUAUUCUUAAAUAUAAUCCUAGAACCUGAAACAUCAUUAGGUUUAUUUGAAAAAGUUCGUAUUUUUAUGGAAUUGUAUGGAAAUACAAUAAUACGACCGCCAGUUUCACGAUACUUAUAUAAAAAAUCCGCUGAAUUAGUUGAAGCCAUCACUGAUUCAACUUAUUUAACGAAAAUAAUGCCAAUAUUUAAUUUUGAUCAGUUAAAAUUUAAAGAACGUGAUUAUAUGGAGAAUGUGUUUAAAUUUUGGAAACGACCUGAUUCACAAUUUGAUAUAAAAAAAGCUUGGGACUUUCGAGUUCGUAAAUAUUUAGGUCAACGUUACGAUUACCGUAACGGUAUAUUUGAUUGGGAUUAUCAUAUGCGAUUAUGUGAGUUGGAUGCAAAAAUUAUAUUUUCACGCGAGUAUAUAAAUUGGCGUGAAUCUGGUAUUGCAUUUACAUGGUUGGAAACCGAUGGAUCCAAACCAAAUUUAACCUAUGGUGCAGGAAUAUUGGGUAAUGGUUUGAAAUUACAUCAUCAUGGCUAUUUGGGUGAUAUUGUAAUUGGACCUCAUAUUGCAUACGGAAUUGAAUGUGACAACGAAAAAAUGUUUGAACAAUCGAAUCGUGAAUAUAAAAAACGAUCCACUGAUAUCACAGAAUAUAAUUUAGUCCAUAUGUUCCAUCAAAUCUGUAAUCAAGAACCGUAUACAGAUCAAUUUAAUACCUUGGGAACGGAACAAAAAUGUGCAUAUAUUGUGUAUCCAGAUUUACAAAUUGAUUUAUAUAACGAUUUUGAGCCGAAAAAAUAUGAUCCAAAUAAUGCGAUUCCAUUAGUACGCCUAAAUAAUCUUACAGUGACAUUUUUAUCAAAAACGAAUCUUUCGUUACUUCAUCAAAAAGAAAAAUUUCAAAAUUAUUUCGAUUUGAUGGUAUUUGCAAACGAUCAAUUGGAUAAUAUUAACAAAGAUUUAUUUAAAAUUGGUAAAGAUUGUGCGAAAAUUUUAUUUGAAACACGAAAAUUUAUGAUACAAUUUACACGAGAUGAUAUUCGACAAUAUGGUGAAAAAAUUUUGGAAAAAUCCAAUGAUUGUGGAUUAGUUUUAUUAAAUGAAUUCGAUCCUGCAAAAGAUGCGUAUGCAAGAUUUCAAAAACAAAAUUCAUCUUGCCAGCUUUAA